AUGGACAGCGAUUUAUGUGUUCACGGGUCAUUGCUAAGUGGCAAAGCAUUUUAUUUGUCAGAAGAAUUUAAAGUAGCCUCAAAAGACGGAGGGGGCGCUAUCGGUAUAAUCUCAGACACCACCACGGGAACCUAUAAUUUUGUACAGCUGUCAGGGAAGUUUGACGCAGUUAAAUGGCUGGUAGGGGGAAAUGAUCACGUGUACUUCAGAUGUAAGGUCAAGUUUUGCCGAAACCAAGACUUUGAAGAAUCGUCAAAAUGCUGGGAUGUGUGUGCAAACCAUCCAAAUGUAGAUUACACUGAACGAAGAAGAAGGGAUGUUAACGAGACCACAGAUCCUUACCCACCUAUUACCGUUACUGCCAAUGUAAAACUCGCAAGACCGCCUCAAGCCAAGGAGGAAGUCAAGGUUGAAUGCGUUAGAACGUUUUUGCCUACCGACCAGUUGGCCUUACGGGGCUUCUGCUCGUUGACGGGGGAAGCUUCUCCUGUUGCCAUGUUUUUAAGCACUCAUACACGGGACGUAGAUUUACAGUCUCAUCCGGAAGAUAAGUUGGCCAGUCUGGGAAUCGAACCCACAAUGUCGAAAAUUACAAGUCUUGCUCUCUGA